AGAAACGCCUCAUUGAAGUCUGGCAUCAAUAAGGUCCCCAGGUUGGCUGAGUAUGGCAAAAAUGGUCCGGAAAUAUACAUGUUGUUGACGGUUACUCUCAGCAGCAAGAAUUUGUGUUUGAUUCUGUAUGUCUUGAGCUGGAAAUGUUUAGUCCUGAACUUGUUGACAAGCCUUAUAUGGUUGCCUAUAUAAAAAUGGAUCUUCCAGAGGAAUAUGAAAAUUGGGAUUCAUUUAAACAAAGCCCACAAGGUCAGGGAAUUGAACCUUUUUGCAUGCAGUGAGUAGAGAAGGCACACUUGAAGUUGUCUCUGCUGGUUAUGAGCUUCUUUCAAAAAGUAAAGAAUCCAAUAAGGAGUUUGAAGGUCAUACUUUUAUAUGGCAGCAUUUGUUUCAUUUUCUAAUUUCUAGAAUAUGCAAUCUUGUUAUGCAUCCCUUGAUGUUCAAUAUUGACUAGUCCAUCUACUUAGCUUUGACAGCACAAGAUCUGAAUAACUUGGCCUGCAUGGUAGAUAAGCAGCCUAGUGCCUCUGUUGAUGAAUUUGAGAUCAUUCAUGACGAUAGUUCAAAUACUUGUUAUGUAAUUUGAGCAGGAUUGCAACAUCUUGUUCAGAUAUAUGGAUUCUCAGAAAAGGUUCCAACACAUCGGUCUCCUAUGAAGCUUGGUGUAAAAGAAGAUAGAGAUGGUGUGGCAUGACUACUCAGGGAAUUCUGUUUCACCAAAUAUGAAGAGAAGAUCGGCAGAAUCUCCCCAGUGGGCUCAGUGGAAGUAAUUUACAUUUAUUUUCUCGGUACAUUGCUGGUAUUAGCUGAUUGUCAAAUUUAGAACACAAAGCGAGGUGGUCCAAGGGAAUUCUGCAUUUACUCUGCUAAAAGGUAAAAUCCCCUUGCUCCAGCUCAAAUUGAACUUAUGUUCUCAGCUCGAGCUUUAUGUUCUAACCAAGAUCAAAUCCCAAAUUCAAAAUUAAGAUUGUUAAAUGAGUUGAACUUCCUUUAUUAAAUGAUUCAAGCUCGACUAGCCACUAAGCUUGCUCACUAACAUAAUAUGUUCACGAGCAAGAAUGUGAUGAUGGCAGAUUACCGACAGGAGCCCAGGUUACCAGAUUCCAACCAAGAAAAUAACAUUUGAGUAUGGAUGACAGUGACAGCCAUAUAAAUAUAUUAGGCACCAUUGAAAAUAUAGACAGCAAAGAACACAAAAAUUAUGUGGAAAAUCUCCAAUGUGGAGGGAAAACCCUUGGGACAAAAACUGCAACAAAAUUCAUUAUUAAAAAUGAAUAGUACAAUGCUGUCUCAGGUUUUUUCCAAACAUAAAUCAAGGUUUUCCUGCAGCGUUACGAGCUCCUGCUUCCAGUUGGCAGCAACAGAAAUCAACUUGGAAAUUGUGGUAUUUAUGAUGGGACUCUGGAGAAGGUCAGCCUAUUGUGGAUCCAUAACUUGGAGUUGGAGAAAAAGAAAUGUUUGGUGGUGGGGAGAUUGCGUAGCAAAGAAGAAAGAUAAUAUGUUGAGGGUGCAUAUGAAGGAUGAAGGCAAGCAUUAUCUAGAUGCACCCUAGUGACGAGUAUGAAAUUAAUUUUCAAUAUCAAGUUGCAGCGUUAUGCUUUUUUAUAAUUCUCUACAUGAUAAUGUUACCGUGUUAUUGGGGCCAUGAUUGAAAUGUG